AACCAUGUAAGGAAUCCCUUCCUCUGCUCUCUCUCUCUCUCUCUCUCUCUCUCUCUCAAGUCUGAACCGAACACAGUCGAAGCCCGAAGGAAGUAAUGCAGCAGUCACAGUCACAGUCACAAUCGCAGCAGAUGCUUCCCAUGAUUUCUUCAUUUCCUCCGACCAAUAUCACGACGGAACAGAUUCAGAAGUACCUGGAUGAAAACAAAAAGUUGAUUUUGGCAAUUUUGGACAAUCAAAACCUAGGAAAAUUGGCCGAAUGUGCCCAGUACCAGGCUCAGCUUCAGAAGAAUUUGAUGUAUCUGGCUGCAAUUGCUGAUGCCCAACCACAGGCAGCAAGCAUGCCUCCUCAGAUGGCCCCACAACCUGCGAUGCAACAGGGAGGGCAGUCGGCGCACUACAUGCAAUAUCCUCAGGCAGCAAUGGCUCGGCAAACCGGUGUUUUUUCACCUAGGGCCCCUCUGCAGUUUAACCCACAGCAAAUGCAAGAACACCAGCAACAACUUCAGCUACACCAACAGUCCAUGCAAGGUCCCAUGGGCAUGAGACCUGGAGCCAACAAUGGGAUGCUUGCCAUGCAUAAUGAGACCAUUCUUGGAGGUGGUAAUGGUGCAAGUCAACCAUCAUCUGUGGGACGAAGUGAAUUUAUACACAGUAGUGGUGGUGGUAAUACUGCUGGUGGUGCUUCAAGUGGAUCCUUAGACAUACGGGGGGGAAGCAAGCAUGAUGUAUUAGAUGCAGGUUCAGGUGAUGGGCAAGGGAACUCAGCAGCUGGACAUGGCAGUGCUGAUGGGGAGGAUGGCAACUGAAAUAGGAUGAUGAAUAGGGUGACAAAUGAAUAGAGUAGCCAGUGUUGGAGGCCUGCGUUGGUGUUUCACUGUUUCUUAGACUAGUGCUGCUAUACUUAUGUAGACUUCAAUGUAUGUUUAUUGUUCCCUCUUCUGCAGAACAGUUUUUAUAUGCUUCACUGGACAGUUACCAGCCUGAGGUGAAUUUUCUAUGAAUGAAUGCAAAAGAAUGGGAAAACAGAAUUUCCUAUGUACAAA